CCAAAGAUCUCCCAGGAAUUGUCCUCCGUGUAAUGUCUGGCCGCACCACAAUAAAGGUCCCUUUUUCUUCAUCCUACGCUCACGUGCCUGAGCAGGGCUCCCAUUAUGUCGUGACUGUUGCUGUUGGAUCUCGAUCAAAUGUGAAAACCUUCACCUGCCCUAAGCCAGCUCGCCGAUCUGGGAGUGUUGCUGAGAGAUGCACAGUGGCAGAUGGUGAGAAGCUCCUUUGUGGAGGGUCUUCAUCCAUCACUCAAGCAGACUGUGAGGCUAACAACUGUUGCUAUGAUUCCAGCAGCAGCACCAGUCCAUGCUACUAUGCCAAUGAUGUGACUGUGCAGUGCACCCUGGAUGGCAAGUUUGUGGUGGUGGUGUCUGAGAAUGUGACCCUUCCUCCCCUGGAUCUUGGCUCCCUCCAGUUGGUGGACAGCAGUUCCAUUGGCUGCAGCCCUGUGACCAGCCUGUCCAGCUUUGUCAUGUACCAGUUUCCAGUCAGUGCAUGUGGCAGCACAGUUCAGGUGAGAUUCACUCUGGAGGUGUAGCAGUGUUGGCUUGAA